GCACGACGUCGCGGUGACGUCACCGGGCGUCGCGACGACGACGCCGUCGUUGUCGUUGCCACUCGCCGCGGUACACGCGUAGGCAUCACCGCGACCUAUCGUUUUCUUCCUUUUCCUCAUUUUCUCUCCUCUCCUCUUGGUGAUCGUCGUGUAUACAUCGUCGCUUCGAAAAUCGAUUAUCGAUAGUCGCGUGAGAUCCGCUGCCGCAGCUUCGUCACGUACGUCCGGUAUCUCUGAGAGGAAACAUUUCGUUGGACGCCAGAUGCGCGACGGACGAAAUGCGUCGCGUUCCAGCGCGAGAUCUACGAACGGGAUCGUUAUCGAUGUCCGGAGCCGGCCAAUUGGACGACGCGAAUCGGUCGGGCGGGUAUAUUUUCGUGAUGAUGAACAUCGGUGAAGAGUUAUGCGCGAAUAUAACGCAGCCGGAGAUCAAACGGCGGACGCAAACAAAUUGGAAUGUUCUUGGCCGCAAGCGCGCGCGCGCGCGCGGACGCGCGGACUUUCGUCGACACUCUCGCGAGCAUCAAUCAUCAAUCAGCGUAUAUUGGCCUCAGGACGACGAAUUUACUGUGACGCGCGUGUCGACCGCACUCACGAGACCGAAAUUAAUGCAGUCCCGGGCGACGUAUUACGAACACUUUGCGCGAGCUCCCCAACACUGCGCGAUCUCCCCUGACACUGCGCGAUCAAUCAAGCCGCAAGUGGAAGAAUAAAUGUCCGAACGGUACUUAAGCAAGUGUAUUAUAUAGACUCACCUAAAUUAAACCGCCUACAUUGUAUUUCUCAAUGAACGAGCUUGAUGUGUCGCUGGGGGAGACAGAAAGAAAAUAAAAAUCGUCCAGUAAAAGAGUGAAAAAUCUUGAUAUUUAAUGCAUAAAACUUAAACGUAGGUAAUGCGAAGGCUUUUCGAUAAAUCCUACGCUUUUUUAUUAUCAAACAGAUAAUAUCUGAUAUCUAAGGUGAUAAUAAAAGAUAAUAUGUAAAUAAAAAUCUUUACAAAUUGUGCGUAUUUAAAAAGAAAAUAAAAAUAAAAAUAUUCCGCACGGUUCAUUUGUACCUCGAAUUGCCCUCGAACUGAUUCUUCUCUACCGUCUUUUCGUUAAGGCGAAUAAGAAAAAAAAAAGAAGAUCCAGCCCAGCUUGCGUUUUCAGCUUUAUUUAAAAGCGCGCGAAGGUCGUCCCGCGGCCUAUCGGGCGAUCGGCGCUCACCCUCUGCCAACUUUGUACGAAAUUAACCAUCCUCGGAUGCGUGAAAUAAGACGUGAACGUAAAAGACGAUCGACGCUUCCGAGAACCGAACGAGCCUCCUCUCACCCGCAGGCGGCCGGUUAUCAUCGCAGAACGCAUGCGUGAUAGAUCCAUCCUUCGGAUAAACCGCGCGCUCGCCGAGCCGACGCGCGCCUCCUUGUCGCGCGUCCGUUUACGCGUCAGUUUUCCAUUCCUCUUCUGGCCAGGAGGUCGCGCGAUAAGGCAAGAUCGGGAAAGUGUUCCGCGUGAAAACGUGAGAAGAAGCGCGUGUUUUCCGCGUGGGAUAAAGUUCCCGUUCUCCCGGGGAAAUCGGCGGGCUUGCCUCUCUCCGAUUGAUAUUUGUAAAUCAUCGCGAAGAUCCACCGACGUCCGUUUUUGCAAUUAUUAUUAUUACUUUUUUUUUUUACGAUUCGCUUCGCUGCCGUCCACACUCCGAUUUCCCAGACGACUGUGAUUCUUCUCCCGAGGAGAAUCUGUACGCGCGGAGGAGAGAAAAAGCCGUCCGUUCAUUCUCUCUGGUAUCGAUAUUUAUAGACGAUCGAAGGUAUCCUGAGGUGGUCGUCUGUCCUAUUUCCGCUGACGGAAUCAUAAAUAAUCGAGGAAUUAUCCCACAAGUUUACCGUUCUCCGCUUCCGCAUUGAAAAAUAUCUUUAAAAAUAUUUUAGGAAUCUUCGCCUCUCUCUCUCUCUCUCUCUCUCUUUCUUUAUCUCCAAUUUUCCGCUUGGAAUACGAUUUCGACAGAUCGCCUGGGGGAACUCUCGAGUAGAUCUGUACUCUCGGAUCUUUACAAAUAAUCAGGAAUAACGUGAAAUCGUUUUCGCUCUCGGAAUCGACCUUUGUAAAUAAGCCAGAGGUACGCGAAUCUCCUCAGAUACGAUUCCCGUAAGCGAUCCGGAGGAAACUUUCUGCGAAGUCAGCCUUUAUUGGAAGCAAUUUUUGGAGUGCUCGAAUCGGACGGGCUUUAACGUACGAGACACGGAGCUUCGCGUUACCGGCUCAGAACUCCGUUCAUGUCGCAGACCCCGAAGGAGAACGCCGACGCGAUGAAGGCCAACACGGCGGCGACGAAGAUCCAGGCCAACUUCCGCGGGUACCGCGUGCGCAAGCAGAUGAAGGAAGCCACGCAGCGCCGUCGUCAGCAGCAGCACCAGCAUCAGCAACAAAAUCAGCAGGACCACCAGUCGAACCAGCAGGAAUAUACGAAACCGAAGGAGCACCUGCUGAAGAGGCAAAGCACUCGCGAGGCGCUUGAGGAGAAGUCGGCGACGAAGAUCCAGGCGGGCAUUCGCGGCUUCCUGGUGCGGAAGAGGCAGCAGGCCGUCCAGGCCGCGGCGACGAGGAUCCAGGCUGGUUUCCGAGGCUUCAGGACGCGGAAAUUGUUGAAGCAGAACGGCCAGUAGCCCGUGCCAGCCGUUCGGUCCCUUCCUGGCGUGACAAACGACGUGGGACGUUGACGUGUGCAAGAGUAUUUUGCGGACUCUUUUUGUGGGAAAACCCUACGAUUGCAUCGGAAGCGUGGAAGAAACGACGAUUUCAAUUAAGUUAAUUACAUUGUUAAUUUACGCUGUUCGACGCAUGUGCGCGUUCGAGACACUCCGUGUAUCUUUGGACUGUAACUUCGUCAAUCACGUCGUGGAAAGCCAUCUCGGGAAUUAAUCAAAUGAUAAUUUGCGGAAUAUUGUUUUACGACAAUAUUUACCACUUCUUUUAUUUUCUUGUUUUGAUUUUUUCCAUCGUGGCUUUCGUAUGACGACAAUAAAUGGCGACAAGGAAGAAAGAAGCAAUAAUCAGAGACGUUAUGGCCAGAAUGAAAACGGUUAAUAUACAUACACGCGCGAUAGAGAUUAGUUAAAUAAUUAUAUAAAUCUCUAGAUAUACUCUCUUGUUAUAUUUCAUAUUAUUUUUUAUGUAAUUAAUAUAUUAGUGCGUUAAUUAUGAAUGCAAAUAGAACAAAUUAAUAUCGAAAAUAUUUCUAUAUCACAACUUUGGAUCUGUGCAAUUCUGUAGUUAAAUGAUAUUUGUGUAAUGAUUAGCGUGUAAAGAUGUACAUAUAAUAUAUACUUUUUGUCGUUGUAUUUGCGUAUUUCACAUUUGCACCACUUUGACUUUGUGAAUAAUAAAACUUUUAAUCUUUAUAACAA